AUUGUUUUUUUUACGCUGAGAAAUCUAGUAGCUAAACGAGUAAGGAAAAGAAAUGAGAAUUUGAAUGUUGCGUGUUCUGUUUUGGUUGGAAAGUUCUAUGGAGUGGUUCAAUUGUUUUUUAUUUUUAUCUUUUUUUUUUUUGUUUUUAUAUGGAAAAGGAAAAAGCCAGCAGGAAAAUGUCCGAGCUUAGAAACAAAAUCAUUUCUCUUUCCCUUAGAAAUUGAAACAGAGAGUUUAGGAUUUUGAGAGGGUUGGAUUCUGGUGGAAGAUUUUAUCUCAGUAUCUCCUUUGGGUUUUGUUCACUAUGUCAAGUUUGGAGGAACCACUCGGUUUUGACAAGCUUCCUAGCAUGAGUACUAUAGAUAGGAUUCAGAGGUUCUCAGCUGGUGCUUGCCGGCCCACGGUAGAUGAUAUGGGCAUGGGAAACUGCUGGAUCGAAGGGAGGGGUUGCAGCACAUCCAAUAGCUGCGAUAUAUUUUCCAGUGAGGAUUAUGAAGAAUAUAAAGGGGAGGCAUUCCCAUGGAGAAGACAUGUAAGGGAUGCAUCUGAAGGUGAAGCCUUCAACCGAAGGCCUAAAAGCUUAAGCAAGAAUAGGAUGAAAUUUGGACAUGUUUGUAAAUCAAGGAACUUGCCAGAUCAGCACUAUAGCUCCAAGUGCACUGAAAGAGGCAUAAGGGGCAUAACAAAUAAGUUUUUAAAUGGGAUUCCAAAGUUUGUGAAGAUAGUAGAAGUUGGUCCGAGGGAUGGAUUACAGAAUGAGAAGAAUAUUGUACCUACGUCUGUGAAAGUUGAAUUGAUUCGGAGAUUGGUGUCUUCGGGGUUGCCUGUUGUUGAAGCUACAAGUUUUGUAUCUCCUAAAUGGGUUCCUCAGCUAGCAGAUGCAAAAGAUGUAAUGAAAGCAGUUUGCGACAUAGAGGAUGCCAGACUGCCUGUUCUAACUCCUAAUGUGAAGGGCUUUGAAGCUGCUGUUGCAGCAGGUGCAAAAGAAGUAGCAAUCUUUGCAUCUGCUUCCGAGUCCUUUUCAAAGUCAAACAUUAAUUGUAGCAUUGAAGAAAGCCUUGCCCGUUACCGUGCUGUUUGUCUUGCUGCUAAGGAGCAUUCAGUUCCUGUACGUGGAUAUGUUUCGUGCGUGGUUGGAUGUCCAGUGGAAGGAGCAAUUCCUCCGUCGAAAGUGGCCUAUGUGGCAAAGGAACUUUACGAUAUGGGUUGUUUUGAGAUAUCCCUUGGUGAUACAAUUGGAGUUGGGACCCCUGGUGCUGUGAUUCCCAUGCUUGAAGCAGUAAUGGCCGUUGUUCCUGCUGAAAAGCUUGCUGUCCACUUCCACGACACUUAUGGACAAUCUCUUCCAAAUAUUUUAAUUUCUCUCCAAAUGGGGAUUAGCACAGUGGAUUCAUCAGUUGCUGGGUUGGGUGGUUGUCCAUAUGCAAAGGGAGCUUCAGGGAAUGUUGCCACGGAAGAUGUGGUGUAUAUGCUGAACGGCCUUGGUGUGAAGACGAAUGUGGAUCUGGCAAAGCUCAUGUUGGCGGGUGAAUUCAUCAGCAACCAUCUGGGUCGGCAAUCUGGUUCCAAGACUGCCGUUGCACUGUGCCGGGUAACCGCUGAUGCUUCCAAGAUACGAUAAUUAAAGAGAAUACCUAUAAUUAUAAUUCUAUUUACAAGAAAAGGGGAACAUGGGCUGUUCUUUAAAAUGUACAAUGUAUAGCAAUCUAUACAAAAUCUUUAAAAAAUAAAAACAAACUGCGUACUUAGUAGCAGUAAUCUUAUAUUCUGGCAGUCAGUCACGUUAAAACAGUUCAAAGUAUAUAAGGGAAAGCUCUCUUUUGCAUUUCUGAAUUUGAAUAAAACAUCCCAUCCAUUUUAGAUAA